ACAGAGGAAAGUCGGGUGAAUCAAUGACCUUUUUCGGCGCUUUUUCCCCUGGAUCUCUGGUCACGGACACGGACCGGACAGGAUUCAUUCUGCGCUGUUUUUAGCCAAGAUUUGACGCGGAUCUGAAGCCGUGCGUCUGGGAAGUGUCUUUACGCGCGAGUGUGGAGAGGACACCCGGCUGCCAAGGAGGAAGUGAGAGACACCCGGGCUUUUACAGGGCCUGAUUCAUUACAGAACUGAUUUUCUGAACAGUUUUUGAAACCAACUCGCUUAAAAACACAUUUUAACCACAAAAAGGACUUGAAAUCUGUUUUGGUGGAAGGUUUUUUUUGCUGCUGCUGCCUUGAAACUGGGUCAUUAAGUCUUUAUUUUACACACAAACUAACUGGAAUAAUACAGAACUGUACAUCCGGACCUGAAAUUAUCAAAAGUUUCAGUGGAGAGCUUUGAAUAUUCCAUAAACGGAUCAACCAAGACUGCGAAUUUUGAGAGACAAGUUUGUGCCGACUGCUGCUGCUCUGAAACAGGGUAAAAAAGAUCAUUCCUUUCCAAAAUUGUUGACUUUUAAACAUCCUUCCUUAAAGCUACUAUAGUUUUUCAAUACAGUUCUUCAUAUAUAUUGCUGUUUCCAUAAGUAUUGACAGUUCAAAACCAGAGUCACGUGGUGCACCCUUUGAGCUGAAUAGAAACCAUUUUAGCUUUCACUAGGGAAGUUUGAAUUUCAGUUUUUAAAAAAAACGCAAGUAUUUAUGAACUGCACUCAAGAUGGGGAAAAUGCUGUCAAAGAUUUUCGGCAACAAGGAGAUGAGGAUACUGAUGCUUGGACUUGACGCAGCUGGGAAAACAACUAUCCUCUACAAGUUAAAACUCGGUCAGUCCGUUACCACAAUACCAACUGUGGGAUUCAACGUCGAAACGGUGACGUACAAGAAUGUAAAGUUCAACGUUUGGGAUGUGGGGGGUCAAGACAAGAUAAGACCCCUGUGGAGACAUUACUACACCGGUACGCAAGGGUUGAUUUUUGUCGUGGAUUGCGCUGACAGAGAUCGAAUCGACGAAGCCAGACAAGAGCUACACCGAAUCAUAAACGAUCGUGAGAUGAGGGAUGCCAUUAUCCUGAUUUUUGCCAACAAGCAGGACCUACCAGACGCAAUGAAACCACACGAGAUCCAGGAGAAGCUAGGUCUGACCCGGAUCCGGGACAGGAAUUGGUACGUUCAGCCCUCUUGCGCCACCACCGGGGAUGGACUAUGUGAGGGACUUACCUGGCUUACCUCAAACUACAAAUCUUAAUAUUUUUUUGUUUUCUCUUUCACUGCCAAAAAGGAAUUUCUACAUCAGCUGAAAUUUUACGUAGUUUUGACUAGUUAAGAUUAAAGAUCGACUGAUAUGGGUUUUGUUCAUGGCCGAUGCUGAUACGAUUGUUUAGAAUACGGCACAACUGAUCUGCGAUAAGGGAUUUUGAUUAGUUUCCCCAAAUUAUAUCAUUUAAAUUUAUUAAAAACUCCCCCCAAACCUAUAUGACAGCUGUGUAAUCACGUUUUGUGCAGCCGUCUCUUUGCAUGAAAGUGUUAAUAUGAAGCUUUAUGUUUAUUUUUUAAGCAGCAGAUUGACCCCCAAAAAAAAUCAGCCUAUGGAGGACAUUUAAGGCCGAUAGCUGACGUGCUAAAAAGUCCAAAUAUCAACUUCAAUAUAUGAAAUCUGGAACAAAAUAUUUUCAAACUCUGCAAAAAUGCUCAGAUUGUGGGUAUUUUUGUUAUAUUUUGAUAAGAUUUGAGCUGUUGGGUUUUGUUUUUUUUAUAGUUCUAGCGUUUAAUCGAGAAGAGGAGCUGUUAAAAUUAGUUAAACAUUAAACAUUUGGGGAAUUUUCUUUUAAAAAUGCCUUGUAAAAAUAAAUUCUACAUCAUAUCAUUGAUACAGCAAUACUAGUCCUACCCAAAUCUGAGAGCGGGAAGUCACAUGAUCAAAUUCACAAGAGUGGAAUUUGAAACGUUCUUACCUCAUUGGAUGAAAAUGUGCUUGGGAAUAAAUAGUAUUGAGUUGAGAUGUAAAUUCUCAAACAUGAUUUAAUAUUCAGAGAAAAAUCAACUGUGAAUACACACUUUGUAUCAAGAGAUGUCGAAAUCAGGAUAAAAUGUACUAGCCAUUUUUCUGGUCAACCUGAUAAUGAAACUCUCUAAAUCUUUGUUAAAUGUUUUGUAAGCCGUAGUUGAAAAUAAUCACACAAACUUUACAACUGCAUCUAAACUAGCCAGAACAUUUCUAGUCAUGUCAUCUCUUGUAGAAAUCCCUUUUUGCAGAGUCUCUACUCACUCACCAGCCUGGAUAUUAGAAUAUGUGGACACUUGGCACAACAGAAGUAGCUGAGAGCAAAAAAAAAAACAAAAAACAUGCAAACGAUUUAAAAACCUCUCUACCAAAAACGCAAGAGAGUAGCAUUUGGAGUUUAGUUUGCUUUUAUGAUGUUGAUUCACUAUAAUCUUAUAAUUUCAAUUUUUUUUUUCUUCCGCAGACUUUGUUAUAUUUUUGCUUUGUACAUCUGAAUCACUUUACUUUGAAAGCGCGUUCUGUUCUGUUUUGUUUCAUUCGAUUUGGGGGCGUAUUGUAAGCUAAUAGGCAGUUUCCAUGUAUACUUUUCUAGCUUUUUUUGCAGUAUUCUUGCUACGUAUCCAAAGGAGAAGUUUGUCAUCAGCAUAUUAUCCUAUAGUGGCUUUAACUGCCUCUGUUUGAAUGUUGAAUGUGGACCAUACAAAACAAAAACGGCCUCUCUGAUUGUAUUUUAGUUGUGGAGAACUUGUUUAGUAUCGAUCAAAAGUUUCUGGGACAUUUGUGUGACUGGAUACACUGUGAAAAUGGACAAAAAUAGGGUUUGAAGUAGAGGUGGGCGAUAUUUAUAUAUAUACUGAUACUUUGCAGUGACGUCACGCGAACGGGGAGGCGGUUCUACGUGUAUGUCUAUGGCGGAAUGUUCAGCAGUUACCGUGGCGACGCAAUGCAAAAGCUGACCAAAAAAAAAAGAA